AACACUUUUUUGUUUUAGUUGCUAUUCUUUUUAUUUCUUUGGGUUAUUAAGUGAUUAAAUCAACAAAGAAAAAUGAUCAAAAUUGAGAAAUGAUCAAGAAAUGAUCAAGAAAUGAUUAAGUUUGCAUCAGGGCCAUAAAAAUGAGCACAUUUACUUGUUUUGACAAUUCGAAAAAGCUGUGAAAUUAUUACAACACGUUGCAUCCACUUCAACGGGUGGAAAUUAAAAAUUCAAACUAAAUGCUUUGUGUGCCGUGGAUGCAGUUAAAGGUGGGAAAGUAAGAGGUGUGAGCUUGGGUAAUUGGUUGGUUGUUGAAGGUUGGAUGAAACAUUCACUAUCCAGAUAUGCUUGAUGGAACAAAGGUUCGGUUCCAGUCUUUAAAGUUAAAGAAGUAUGUUAGUGCAAAGUAUGGAGGAGGUGCAGGUGUCUUUGUCGACCAAGACAAAGCCAAUAAUUCGGACAAGGGGCCUCGGUCACCGCAACAUCAAAAUUACCGUCUUUGAAUGAAACAUUUACUAUUCAAAGAUCCAGCUUUGAUCGAGUUAUUAUUAAACAUUCUAGCGGUAGAUAUCUGCAGGCAUCUGGAAAUGAGCUCAAAGCAGACUAUGUUGGGACUCCAGGAUUUAAUGAUGGUAACGCAGCCAUAUUUGUAAUGACUUUUCAUGGGGACAUGCAAGGAGAGUACCAGCUCUCCAACGGGCAUGAACGAGAAAAUGCAAUAAGAGUGCUUACUGAUCAUCGGAAAAGCUACAUUACACGAGAGGAUUUUCAGUAUCUUAGCCAACACGACAUAAACACCGUCAAGAUUCCUGUUGGGUGGUGGAUUACCAAAGAUCCAAAUCCACCAGCUCCUUAUGUUGGGGGGAGUUUGGCAGCUCUUGAUAAUGCUUUCAAAUGGGCAAAGGAGUUUGACAUAAAAUGCAUAAUCGACCUUCACGCAGCUCCUGGUUCCCAAAAUGGAAGGGACCACAGUUCUAGUCGUGAUGAUACUAUUGACUGGACGAAAUCAGAAAAUAUCCAGCAAACCCUUGAAGUUGUAGAAUUCCUAGCUGCCAAGUAUGGAAACGAUUCAUCGCUUUUGGGGAUUGAUCUUUUAAAUGAUCCUGAUGUUCCUUUUGAUGCGUUACAGAAGUACUACAAAGACGCAUAUGACAUUGUGAGGAAAUAUUCAGCCACAGCUUAUGUAAUAAUGUGUCAGUUGAACUCCGGAGACCCAGCAGACCUUUAUCGUGUUAAUACUGGUAAAUCAAACGUAGUACUGGACUUACACUACUACAAUCUCGGCAGUACCUUUGAAAACAUAAGCGUACAGGAGAAUAUCAAUUACUUGUAUAAUACCAGAAAAACCCAAAUGAAUUCCCUAAACGCUUCUGAUGGACCAUUGCUGUUUAUUGGGGAAUGGGUGAACCAUUUUGGAAAAGGCGAGUACUCUCAGAGGGAAUAUCAAGAGUAUGGUAGUGCGCAGUUAGAUGUGUAUCGUUUAGCUUCUUUUGGAUGGGCAUAUUGGACACUCAAGAAUGUGAAUAAUCAUUGGUCACUCAUGUGGAACAUCGACAACAAUUACCUCCAGUUAGCUGCUCCUAUAACUGCAGUCAAGAAGAGAAAGGCAAUAGUUUAUUGGAAGAUCGUCGUACCUGUUAUCGUUUUGGUGGUAGCUAGUAUCAUGUGCGUGUUAGGAUACAUUUAUCUGUUCAAGAGAAAUAAAACUCAAAAAAGAGAAAGACUGAAAGCACUCCAAGGGGUGUUGACAGAUUUGAUGAAAUCCAAGGCUACCUACAACGACACUACGGAUAACUCAUUUGAAGAUGGUAAAACAGAAGGAGAAACACAUGAAUUGCAAAUAUUUAACUACACUUGUUUGUCCAAUGCUACAAACAAUUUCUGUUUGAAAAAUAAAUUGGGAGAAGGAGGUUUUGGGCCAGUUUAUAAGGGUCAAUUGCAAAACGAGAAGGAAAUAGCAGUGAAACGACUGUCUAAAUACUCUGGACAGGGUAUUGAAGAGUUCAAGAACGAGGUUGUAUUGAUCUCCAAACUUCAACACCGUAACCUUGUGAAACUAUUGGGUUGCUGCAUUCGAGGAGAAGAAUACAUGUUAAUUUAUGAAUACAUGCCCAAGGGUAGCCUGGACGCGUAUCUAUUCGAUCCAAGUAAGAGAGCAAAACUAGAUUGGGAUAAACGCUUCAAUAUUAUUGGAGGGAUUGCUCGGGGUCUUCUUUAUCUUCACCGUGAUUCUCGUUUAAGAGUUAUUCAUAGAGAUCUCAAAGUCAGUAACAUUUUAUUGGAUGAAAACAUGAUCCCCAAAAUUUCAGAUUUUGGAAUGGCACGGAUAUUUGGUGGCGAUCAAAUUAUUGCUGACACUAACCGGGUUGUUGGUACAUUUGGUUACAUGUCUCCAGAAUAUAUAAUGGGAGGAACAUUUUCGGACAAGUCAGAUGUCUUUAGUUUCGGAGUGUUGAUAUUAGAAAUUAUCAGCAGCAAGAGAAACAACAGCUUUUACAAUCCUGAAAAACCUUCAAACCUUCUACUACACACUUGGAGACUUUGGAAUGAUGGGAGAUGGUCAGAGAUUGUAGACGAGGCUUUGAGUGAUCUCUAUUCUCCAUUAGAAGUGAAGAAGUGUGUGCAUAUUGGUCUAUUAUGUGUUCAGAAUAGAGCAAUGGAUAGGCCAACAAUGACUGAAGUAGAUCUUAUGCUUAUCAGUGAAACUGAUCGUCCAUCUCCAAAAGAACCUCCAUAUAUUUCCCCGAGAUCAUCAGAUAAGCCAAAUUCAAACCCAACUAGCAGCUCGAGUAAUCAUGUUGCUAUCACCACAGUUGAAGGUCGAUAGGAUGACAGAUAUAUAGUUAAAUCAUUGGAAAUUCGGAUCAAUAUAUGUUAUCAACUAACAGCACAUUUGUUUUUUUCCUCUAUAUAGGUAGAGGGUUCUACAUAGAGGUUUACCUCUAUAUCUAUAUAAAUAUCACUAUAUAAUUUCUCUUAAAAUCAUGUUUGUUUGAGCACUAUUUAACAACUCUACAUUGUGUAACCAAUUUUAUAUAUUUCUCGUUUUACCCUUAUAAAAUUCAUGAAGGUCCAUUACAAAAGUAUAAUUUUUCUUGAAACGGGGCGAAAGUAUCACUUUUUCUAAAACGGGGCAAAAUAUCACUUUUUCUGAAACAGAGAGAAAGUAUUACUUUUUCUGGAA